AGCUGGCCCGAGCUCUGCAGAUGCCCGGGUGCCGGCUCCUGGCGGCCGUCGCCACAGAUGUCGAUGUCGCCGGGCCCGCAGCGGAAGGCCCCCGCCUGGCUCCCGCUCCUGCUGGGCCUCCUGGCGUUCCUGGCGCCGACGGCCGCCCGGGGGCACGGCGCGGGCGGGUACGGGGUGGUGAACUCAGAGGCUGAGUGGGCUGCGGAUACAGCCGCCGGCGAUCCAGGCUCCAGGCAGUUGUCGGCCGACGAAGCAGGCGCCGGCGCCGAGCAGGACGCGGCGGCUGACGCCGACGGCGAGCAGGACGGCGACGCGGCGGACGCCGGCGACGCGGCGGACGCCGGCGCCGCCGCGCCCGUCGAGCCGGGGCAGCAGGAGGCGGGCUCAGCCGGAGGCGAAGGCGGCGAGGGCGCUGGGCCGGAGGAGGAGCAGGAGGACGGCGACGCGGGAGACGCGCAGGGCGCCGGCGCAGACGCGGGGCAGGCCGCCGAUGCUCCUGAGGCGGAGG